CGCGUAAUGUUGUGUUGGUAUUAAAAAUAAAUAAACAAAAUCCAAAGCAAAGCAAAAUGCAAAUGUUGUGUUUCUAAAAAAAUAAUAUGAUAGAUUGGCUUACAAUAUUGAAAAAUGCUAAGAAAACCUGCAUACAACAAGGUAACCUUCGAAAGGUACAUUUCUUAUUACCAGACGGCAGGGAAAUGGUCGAAGAGUAUAAUAUGGAAACCGGAGUGGUUACUCGAAGAGCUUGGAAAGUAAAGACCAAUGUUGGUGGUGAAGGCGAAUGGCAUAUUGAAGUGGGCGAUCCCGAGCCCACUUUCAAGACCGAAGAUAUUUUAAUUAAGGAAAAUUCAAGUCAGCCCUUUGUUAGUCGACGGAUUACAAGAAAGAAUUUAGAAUGGAGGAUUCGUAAUUUACCUUAUUCGAUAGAUGUUUACAGCGUUACUGUGGAUCCAGAGAGUCGACAUUUAAUUGUUCGAACUAGUAAUAGAAAGUAUUUCAAAAUUUUGAACAUUCCAGAAUUAGAACGUUUAAAUUUAUUAGCAGAACAGAAUAGGAUACAAAUGUUUCACAAAUUCAAUACGUUAGUAAUUAAUUAUGAAAAGCCAAAGCAGUUGAUUGACUUUGAGAAAGCUCUGUUUGAUGAAGUUAAAACCAUAAAAGCAUGUAAAGAAGGCGAUAUGGAUUGUAAACCAAGUUAAUGUGAUGUGAACUUAUGAGGUUAUGUUACUUUAAGUUGACAUCCUUCUGUGACAUGUUGUAAUGGUGCAAUAUUGUGUAAAAGUGAUCAAUGUAUCUCUUAUUUAUGUAAUAAACGAAAGUUGAGAUUUGUUGCA